AUGUGUGAUCACGGGGAUCACGAGUGUUCGCACACGACGACGGCGGCCUCGGUGCAUCAGACGCUGGAUGAGCUGGACUUUGAGCGGGGGAUCUGGGCCGCUGCUCGGGACGGCGAGGCGGGGAGGGUCCGCAGCCUGCUGGACAGAGGCACGGCGGCCAACGCGCAGGACUCGUCCGGUUACACGGCACUGCACUAUGCAUCCAGAAAUGGUCACCUGGAGGUGUGUGACCUUCUGCUCCAGAGGGGGGCAAACCCUAACAGCCAGACCCGGUCGGGGGGAGUAACUCCACUUCACAGAGCAGCCUACUGUGGGCAUGAAGCUGUUGUCAAGUUGUUGCUAAAGAAAAGAGCAGACCCAUCCCUGUGUGAUGAGGAUGGGAAAAAUGCACUUCACAAGUCUGCAGAGAGGGGCCAUGUCCAAGUCUCAAGACUCUUACUACAAGCUGCCCCUGACACCAGAAAUGUUCAAGACAAGAGGGGGAAAACACCUAUCAACUAUGUACCCAGGGACUGUCAGGAGAUGCUCAGCUUGUUGUCCUGACAAUGGUCUUCUGGGCCUCUCACAAGUCAUCUACUAUUUAUUUAAUGAACAGAUCUAGAGACGAGUACAAGUGUCCAACUCCAAGCAGAUGUUGGGAGGCUAAAUCAUAACGUUUUCUUAGCUGCCCGAUUCUGUCAUCAUCAUGUCUUAAAAAAUGUUCAGGACUGACUACAGGUAAAUCUAACUUGGCUAUGCUGCAAUCAAAAAAGGAACUGUCACUCACACUUUCAAUGUA